AUUUAAAGUCACUAACUAGGAGGUAAAUCCUCAACAGUGCACAAGACGCACUCAGCUGCUUGUGAAGCUGGUCCUCUGAGCAGACAUCUGGACCUAAACACUCAAGACAUCAAGGGAACCUACAGUUCCAGCAUGAAGCCCAGGAGGCUUCUGACCUCUGUGGAUCUUCUCCCUACGAUUCUCGAGCUCCAGGAGAGCCAGAGUCUGGAUGACUACAUAGACUCCAUACGAGAGCUGUCCCAACCCACCUACCCUCUCAGCGGACCCCUCCGGGGCUCCCGUCUGUCCCCGCUGCGCAAGGCCAAACACCCCAGCAUGUCUUUAGCCACCACAAGUUCAGUCCUGGCACACAAGCCCUGGGCUUUCUCUGGACCUGAUAACGUAUCACUAACCUUGACAGACUCGAAAGGGCCGGCGAGUUCAAAUCAGGACCCUCUGGACUGGCUUUUUGCACAAGUGCAGACCGACCCGGAAGAUGUGUGCAUGAUAUGAUGGAGACAAAAAUGAUGAGAACUCACAGCCUCGGGAAUAUGCUGCAAUAAUCGUAAAAGUUGCAAUGAAUUAUUUUUAUUUUCAGCGUAUUAUGUAGUGUGAUUUUUGAAAUACUGCAAGAAAUAGGGGCUAGUUGUCACAAGGGCUAAAGAAUUGGUUUCAUGCAUAUCAAGUAGUAUAUUAAUCAUAGUAUCUGUUAGCCAAAUGAAUAGGCAUUUCUGUUUUUGUUGUUUCAUGAAUUCAGAAUUUGAAGUUUGGGGUUAGAAAUAUUUUUCUGAAUGAAAUUAAUACUUCUAUUCAGCAAAGAUGCAUUGAAUUGAUCAAAAUGGUAGUAAAGACAUUUAUAAUGUUAUAAAAUAUUUCUAUUUUAAAUAAAUAGUUGUUUUGAUCUUUCUAUUCGUCAAAUAUUCCUGAAAAAAUUGCAUCCUGGUUUCCUCAAAAAUAUUAAGCAGCACAACAUUAAUAAUAGUAAGAAAUGUUUGUUGAGCAGCAAAUCAGCAUAUUAGAAUGAUUUCUGAAGGAUCAUGUGACACUGAAGACUAGAAUAAUGAUGAUUAGAUGUUUUGCAUUAAGCUUUGCAUCACAUAAAUUACAUUUAAAAUCUAUUUAAAUAGAAAACAGUCAUUUUAAAUUGCAGUGAUUUUAAUUUACAUUUUUUUAUCAAACAAAUGUAGCCUUGCAAGAGACUUUAAAAAAUCUUACCGAUCAAAACUUUUGAAUGGUAGUGUGUGUGUGUGUGUGUGUAUUCUUUGUCUUAUAUAUUUGUAGUUUUUCUGUUUAAAUUUUGCUAUUCAAUAUUAUGUUUAACAAAUGUAAAUGUGUUGAAUGAA